GCGCGUAAAAGUUGACAAGCCUACGAUUUGACUGAACCCCAAUACUGGAGAAGGCAACAAACGAUGCCAGAAAAGAAAAAAUAAAAAAGAAAAGGAUGGAAAAGUUCAUAACUUUCCCGGUCAACAAACACCAACCGGAAAGAUAAACAACGAAUUUGAAUUCUGACUCUGGAAGCUAUAGAUAAGGGAAUGUGGUGCAUGAGUUGUAUUUUCAGUUGAAUUUCAUGUGGAAAGUUGCUUGCUGAUCUCGAGUUUAGGAUGACUUUAAACUUUUGGGUUUUCCAAUUCUAGUCGCAAAGUUGGGUUUUUUUGAUACCGGGAGAGUGAGAAAGCAUAAAGUUGAAUAAGGGUUCUGUUUUUGGUUUGACUCGGAUUGGAGAAAUCAUGGAUUGCGUUAAUGUGUGGAUCGAGAAGUGAGUGCUCUUUUGGCUUUGUGGAUGAGGAGGGGAGUUUUGGCCCCUUUCUUUGCUUUGUUCUUGGAAGUGAAGACAUUGAAUGAGCUUUUUGGUUGAGUUGAAAACACUAGUUCUAUGCUAGCACUUCUCUUCAAGUAGCGCUUUAUGGUUAUGGCAAAUUUUUUAUUUGGUAUUAUUUGAAGGAUUCUGAUUAGUGGGCAGUUAAAUUUUUGGAUUCCUUUUCCUGGUUCUCUUAGUAGGUAGAUUGUUUGUUUAUGUAAAAUUAUGUUCAAACAGAUACUCAGUAAGCUUCCAAGGAAGUCGUCUAAAUCAACUGAAAAUCGUGAUCAUGGUGGAAAUCUUGCCAACUCAAAUAAUUCCAAUGGCUCAAGAAGCAGUGAUAUUGGGGCUAAGUCAGCAAAGCUGAAUAUCACAUCUGUAACAGCAAAUAAUUCUGCAUCAGACACUGGACAAAACCAUGGUAAGAAUAUUCAGCAAGGUUUGACUUCAAAGCUGAAUGGAGUUCUGGGGUUUUCUUCAUAUGAGGGAUUGCCUGAACUUAGGGAUGUUCCAAAUUCUGAGAAGCAGAACUUGUUUAUAAAAAAGCUUAACCUUUGUUGUAUUGUAUUUGACUUCAGUGAUCCGACAAAGAAUCUCAAAGAAAAGGACAUCAAGCGACAGACGUUGUUAGAGCUGGUAGAUUAUGUAACUUCUGUGAAUGGUAAAUUCACAGAAACUGUUAUGCAAGAAGUUAUAAAAAUGGUGUCUGCAAAUUUAUUCAGAACAAUCACUCCUCAACCACAUGAGAAUAAAGUUGUAGAUGGUGUUGAUUUGGAGGAGGAGGAGCCUUCUAUGGAUCUUGCAUGGCCACACUUGCAGCUUGUGUAUGAGCUUUUCUUAAGGUUUGUGGCAUCACCUGAGACAGAUGUAAAACCAGCUAAAAGAUACAUUGAUCAAUCCUUCGUUCUUAAGUUUCUGGAUUUAUUUGAUUCUGAAGAUCCCAGGGAAAGGGAGUACUUGAAAACAAUUCUCCAUCGCAUUUAUGGCAAAUUCAUGGUGCAUCGACCGUAUAUCAGGAAAGCUAUCAAUAACAUUUUCUAUCAGUUUAUUUUUGAGACUGAGAAACAUAAUGGGAUUGCUGAACUUUUAGAGAUUUUGGGUAGCAUUAUCAAUGGGUUUGCUUUGCCACUAAAAGAGGAGCAUAAACUGUUCCUGAUUCACGCUUUAAUUCCUCUGCAUAAGCCAAGAUGCUUGGCAAUGUACCAUCAACCAUUGUCAUACUGUGUUACACAGUUUGUGGAGAAAGACAACAAGCUUGCUGAUGCUGUAAUAAGGGGUUUACUGAAGUAUUGGCCUCAAACUAACUGCUCAAAGGAAGUCAUGUUCCUGAAUGAGCUGGAGGAAAUUUUGGAAGCAACUCAGCCAGCAGAAUUUCAGCGUUAUAUGGUGCCCCUGUUCCAGAAAAUUGCUCGGUGUUUGAAUAGUUCACACUUUCAGGUGGCAGAGAGAGCAUUGUUCUUGUGGAACAAUGAUCCCAUUGAGAACCUCAUCAUACAAAACCGUAAGGUUAUACUGCCCAUUAUCUUCCCUGCUCUUGAGAAAAAUACUAGAAACCACUGGAAUCAAGCUGUCCGUAGCUUGACUUUAAAUGUCCGAAAGAUUUUUGAUGAUCUGGAUCCCGAGCUAACCAAUGAAUGCUUACACGAGUUUGAAGAAGCGGAAAGGAAGCAAGAAGAAACUAAAGCAAGACGUGAAGCCAAAUGGAAACAUUUAGAAGAGCUUGCUACUCAGAAAGCUUCAAGCAACAAAGCAAGCUGAUUCCUCACAUAUCAGCCUCUCACCGCUCUUCAGGUUAGCAAACGUUGAGAUUUUUAUUGGCAUUACUUUGGACUGUCAAUUUUUUUAUUGAGACCAAAUUGCUUACAUUGAUAAGAACAUUCAAGUGGUCGAAUGCUUGCGCGCUGUCAAAUUUUCUCUUUCUACAGUAUUUUUCAUUCUCGCCUAUGCCAAAGCCUAUAUUUUACAUUUUGUAAAUUGAUCCUUGUGUUAUAAUUCUAAUAGAGAGCUUUAUGAAAUAUAAUGCUCUCUAUUAGGAAGCUGAAUGAAGGGCAAAUGGUUUUGGAAAAAUUGAAUUAUUAGUAUUAUUAUUUUAAAUCAGAACCAGAAACUCAAAUGUUUGUAGGCA